UAUUUUAAUGUAAGAAUUCCGAAUCGAACGAAUGACAAAAUGUCUGCCGAUAUAGUGAAACAGUUGAAAGGCACUCGAUCCGAUGUUAAGGCAGCCGCCACGACAAUUGAGCUGAAAUUCAAGGAAUUCAGCAAGGGCAUCGGGAUAAACGACGCCUCCUUUCCGCUCAGAUAUGAGUUGAGCGUUUUGCGCCAGCUGUGUCUCGCCCUGAAGGACAAUCUGCACCAGCAUGCCGAUCUCUACUGCGGCAUUGCGGCCACCAUGCUACCUCACGUGGAGCCCUACGAGGAGAAGCCGAGCCUGUGGGAAGCUCAUCUAACGAGCCUGCGGUACAUACAUCAUGGGCUUUGUCAGGAGAGAUCCCUGACGGAAUGCCAGAAAAUAUACGGCCUAAUCCGAUCGCAGCCCUGCCGCCUGCAAGAGGAGGCUGAUUACAAGUUUUAUUUGGACAUCCAUCUGACGCACUUCAAUGGCAUUCACUUGCAAAUGCAGAAGGAGACGUUGCCCCUCGCCGCCACAGAUCAACUCUAUUACGCCUUGGAGGCAAUGGGUGUCCUCUUUGACACCAUGCACCAGCGUAAAGUGGCAAAGAAUGCGGCUCUCCUGGUCCAGCUGAAUGAUUCCCUGUUCAGCAAGCGAAGCAAAGCCUUUCUGAAGUACCUGAGCGCCCUUCCGCCCGAGAGCACGACGAAAAUGUACGACCCGCUUCUCAAGCUCCUGAGCUGCAGCUGGGCCACACCCAGCUCUGAGCUGACUAAUCAAUUCACGGAGUAUCUGGGCCUGGUUCUGGCACUGGUGCAGAUCGAUAUGUUUUCCAUAGAAGCGCCACUCGAACAACAGCUGGCACUGAAGUUGCUGCGCAUUUGUCGCGACCUGUACAAGGACGUCUCGCCGCAGAACUACUCCAUCCAGCUCCUCUACUACUACGUCAAGCUGUUGUACGUGCGCGAGGCUACAGCGGACUUCAAGCGGACUUACAUCGAUCUGUGCAAGAAGUUCGUCUACUUCUUCGAGCACAAGGGCGCGACGCACGCCAAAGAGCAGUGGUUCAUGGACCUGCUGGUGUUCUUCCAGCGCCUGCAGACGCUGCUUCAUCAGAGCAGCAACAAGCCUCCCUUAGAAAUUUUUUGGCAGCAGCUCGAGGGCGACGACAGUCCCGAGGUAUACACCGCCCACUUCCAACUGCUGCAUGGCUGCCUUGGGCUGGCGGUGAACGUAGUGAGGAGUCCGCUGGGGACCAGCUGUUCCAACGAGGCCUGUAAAAGCAUUCGCAGGCAUUGCCUUCUCUCCUUCGGGAUGUGCGCCCUAGAAGCUUACAUUAACUGGCAGCCGACGACCGAGCAGAAGGCGGACAAGGCACCCUAUAAGCCGCUCUUGGGCAUUCUUGGCUACACCUUGGACGUGGCCAAGAGCAUGAAGUGCCUGGGGCCCUCCGCCAUGGAGCUAGUCAAGCUUGUGCGUCUACUGGCACUCGUGGCCGAAAAGGUAUCGUGUCCCGAACAAAUGUCCCUUGUGCUGGCCUUCUUGGAGCCCUUGCAACAUCUACGACCGCUCAUCACCAGCCAGGAUAUGCUUAGUGUGCUCCGGCGAAUCUACAAAGCCAGUGUCCACUGCAAGAGCUCCGACAUGGCCAACCGUCUGCAGUCCACCUACCUUGCGGCCCUAACGAAUCCCUCGCGGUUGCGUUCACAGCUCUUCGUCCACUACCACAAUGCCAAUAAGGAGAAGUGCGUCUACGAGUGGCACGAGUCCAGUCCUAUGCCCAACCCCCUUACCCCCGCCCAAACGAAACAGCUAUACGAUGUGGAUCUGUUGGCCGUGCUGCACUUCCUGAGUGCGCCGCCCGUACCCCUGCUGCAGUCGCUACUACGCUGUCGUCACAAUGACUACCACCUGGCUCUCCUGGCACGCAAGAUGCGCACCGACAGCGAGGUGGUGCGUCAGUGCGAGGAACUGCGCUCCCAGCUGCACAGCACGGCCCUCAAGCAACCGCUCAGCCGCAUGCAACAGCUGGCCAUUGGCCAUACCAGUAUCAGUGUGCUGCUGGAGGCUUUGGAGGCACAGAAGACCAAGUUCUCGAUCAAGGAGACGGCCGAGAACAGCCUGGAGGAGUUAAUCGUCAAGAAUAACUUGCUGGAGCUCAACAUUAAGCGGGAGCAUUGCCUGGUGGAGUUGGCCACAUCGGCCAUCGCUGGCUUCGCGGCCUUCUUCGAACGUGCAGACCAAGAGCCCCUCGGCUGCGACGAUACACCAAUCGACUGGGAAGCCCUGAUCGACGAUGCAGUUGCUGCAGCCAUGGCUCUGUCCACCAUGGGCUACAUGGCGCAGGCCGAUGAAGCCUGGCUGCUGAUACUCAGGAUUGGGCAAAUGCUGGACGAGAGAUUCACCUACCUGCGAGCCCUGACCCACUUCCUGGGACAAGACCAUCUGAAUUCUAACCAGCAGCUCCAACUCUCCGAGGAGGUGGAUCGAGCUCAGGAGCUGCUUGACGAUCUGUGGCCUCAGCUCCAAAACGGAUGGUUCUUUAAGCGCCAACAUACUAUAGUGAUGCUAUGCCUCUGCCACAUGGCCAGCUACUAUGCGCGGCAGGACUGUCUGUGCCACGCCCAGCUGCUGUUGCUGCAGGCCGAGGAGCUGCGCGCCCAGUUCGAUGAGCGAGUUGGCAAGAGCGACAUUGUGCAGAUCACAAUCCAGACAGUUCGCUUUCGAUUGGAGUACCUGCGGAAGAAGCGGUUCAGCAGCCUGCCUAGGAGGCCGACGCCCCUGCGACAGCUCGAAACGCUGGUCGACAGCGUGCGCAACUACUGCACAGUGUCCAGCGUGGACCUGGGAGCCCUGCAGCUGCUGCUGGCUGACCUCGUGCGGGAGAGCACCGAGUGUGCGGCCAACCGGCUGACCGAGCGGUUCGCCUUUUACGGCACCAUGCUUAACCUGGUGCUGCAGUCGGGUAUGGCCCUGCGGACCAUUGAGGUGCUCAUCUCGUGGCUCUGGAUGAACCUGCAGAUGGAGUACCUGGACCAGGCGCAGUCCAAGCUGCGUCUCCUGGACCAUUUGCUCGCCAUCAAGCCGCUUAGUCGAACGCUGGUGGAGCAGACAUCGGCCAAAUACGUCCCCGCAAUCGCCUCCAAGGAAGAUCUCAAGGUGAAUGCCAUGAGCGAGCUGACCAGCAACAUGCUGCUCAUGCAGCUCGUGGAGCCGAUAAGGAAGCAGAACCAGUUGGACGUGGCCACAAUCAAAUCUCUGCCCAUGCACGAGCCAAUUCCCACCAGCCAUCAGCUGCAGCGCUAUGUGAGCAAGCAAGGGACGCCGCCCCAUCUACGGGACAGCAUGCAGCUGCAAUGUAUCUACUUUAUCGUGGGAUGUCUCCAUGCCCGCUUCAGCUUCUUGAAAAGGGAGAACGAUCAGCUGGACGACUUCUACGUGGGGGCAGGCAAUUGGCUGCAGGAGGAUCCCGUACGCACCGCCACACUUGGCUCCAUGCUCCUCGUGCACGAACUCUACCACCUCAACUAUCUUCGCUUCAGAAAGAAGCAUAAGGAGGCUCUCAGCUAUGCGGAGGCAGGUCUCAAAUCAGUGUACCAAACGGCGGACAUCAACUAUAGCUUCAACUUCAUGGUCCAGCUGAAGACGGCCCGGUUGGAGCUGCAUCCCGUUGGCAAAGCGAGGGCGAAGACCAUUAGGCGAGCCCUCGCUUUCAACACUUCGCCAGAGGAUAAACGCAGGAAAGGUGUUGUUGAGGGGUCUACCAAGGCAAAAUCUUCUGCCAGAAAGACGCCCAGGUUCAAGAUAUACACGGAGCUGGAAUUGCGACCCCCCAUCGGCUGCAGCAACAGCAGCAGCAGUAGCAGCAAGAGCGGCAAUGAGAACACGCCACCAUCGGAUCAUGUGGAUCUGAAUGCCUGCCAGGCGAUCGAGAUAAGCGAUGACGAUGCUGCUUCGGUUUCAGCGUCGACUCCGGCUCCCUCUCAACUGAAACGAUCCCAAUCGGUGCCAGCCAAGGCCACAAAGACACGCUCCGCUAGAGUUGGUAGCCAACUAAAAGUACCAGAGAUCAUCGAAUUGGACGAUACCAUGGAAGAGACGCCUUCCACCUCGACGGCAGCCACAGUGAAGCGGUAUCCGACCACUGAUGCAAGGAGCACUCGUGCCCGCAACAGGCAAAUCGAGGAAACGCCAGCGACCACGCGGGGACGACCACGUCGGAAGGUACCGGAGCCUGCACCCCAGCAGGAGACAGUUAGCCUUAGGCGGCGACAAAGGAACUGAUCAGAGCUGACACGUGCCUAGAUUUAUAAUAGUUUAUAGUUAAUAGUUUUUUGUAGCUUGUCCUUAUUCCAUUUGAUUGUGUAUUUAUAAACGUUAUGGCAAGGAGAUCGACCUUCCAGAGAA